CCUUGCAUUGCCAGUUACCAGACCUUGACCCCAUGGAACUAAUUGUUACUGGCUUGGGAAGCACUGCCCCAGACAUAACAACCGUAUCGCGCGUCCGAACCUCGUCUGGCGGCUCUUGGCUGGAGGACUUGACGUUCUAGGUCGUUUAUGCUUUGACAAUCUUGCGAUGGCGCUUCCAUAUAGCAUGGCUGAGCAUGAGCAGUUUUCUGGUCGCCGUCCGCCUGCGCGCCCAUCGGACGGUGUCCUCCUGGUCCUCCAAGAGGCGCGAGAAAAGCAUACCGCGACCAAGACAUCAAAAAGAAAUAUUAUUGGUGCCAGCCUAACUUUUGAACCCCGGCGUGUCGGCUUGGCACGGCUGCAGUUUGGAGCUAACGAUGAACGGGCAAGCGCUAUGAAUGCGGAACCUCUCAACCUUGACGAAGCCUUGGCCCUGCCGGACCCGACUGAAGGACUUCCAAAGGAGCCUGUACAGGUUGUACAGUUGACUAGAACACUUACAAGGACUAUGAGCAGGGGAGCGUCCUUCCGCGGCGGCAGGCACCUAAUGCAGUUCUUGGACAAGGGCGACAGGCAAUCCAUAACCUCAGGUGUCGACAACGACGACGGCUCGGAGUCCACAGGGGGGCUGCUGAGCCGACAUAACAGUGAGACAGCAUCCCUUAACGGUGAAGGUCGUUCGCCUCAAGUGUAUUCUGGUCGCGGCUUGCAAAUCAACACUGACUUUGAUCUACCCCCACCGAUCGCUGGCACUACCUUAGCCAACCACGAAGACGGCGCUGACAGCCGUCUCUUCAGGUCCCGCUGCAAGUCCACACCCGCCCUAGCCCAAGACGAAACCACCACCUCCGGAGAAAGCAACCUCCAGAACUCGCAGCCCCUGCACCCUCAACCUCCCCAGCCAGGCUUCGGAGGCUUCCUCCCCUCCGCGAGCAGCAUCCCCUUGCCUGCACCACCCUCCGAACUCCAAUACUCCACCCAACAACCGACUCGCACAAUGCACGGCAGCAACCCUUCCGCCUCCUCCGGCGGCUUCGCAGCACCCACCAACACCUCUAGCCGGCUGUACGGCAGCAGCAGCGGUAGCGGCACCGCCAGCGGCGCCGUCGGCUCCUCCUCCGGGCCGCCGCAGCACCUGCAGCACAUGAAAGCGCACAGCGACGCCGUAAACGCGGCCGCCAGCCGCUUUAUGAGCCUGUUGGGACGCCGUCGCAGCAGCGUCAAGGGUGCGCCUCACUUUGUCGCACGCGAGGAGGGCAACACGGCUCGAGUGGAUAAACUGCUUAAGAAUCUGCGAGGCAGCGGCUCACAGUCCAGCAGCGGUGUGGGGGUGGGCACCCCGGGGCAGUCCGCAGGCAUGGGCGCCAGCCUCAGCACCGCCGGCAGUAUCGCGUUUGGGGAAGCUGACACGCUGACGGACGCAACAGGAGCAGCAGCUCCCUCCCUGCAGCCCCAGCCGCCGCCAUCAGCGGCAGGAAAACCAUCGCGAUGCAGGCGAACCAUCACCGCCCCACAGUUGCUGCUGGCACCGCAGUCUGGCGACGCGUUCGGCGCAAGCAGCGGCGGCGGUGGCGCUGGUAUAAGCGGCGGCAGCGGCCUGGCUACAGCAGCUGCUACCACCGCCGCCAGCAACGCAUGGGCAACUCUCGCGCACGCCAGCAGUGCCACCACCACCACCACCAACAACAGCAGCGGCCCCGCUGCGGUUCCGUCAGCUCCCCCGGUCUGGAGCCGCAGUCGCAGCAUCCGAGACCCGGGGCUCUUAGUGCACCUGGCGGAGGCGGACAACGCCGCUGCUGCUGCUGAUGGCAGCGGCGGCGGCGGCGAUGUCGAUUCGGACCUCGUUGCCAGCGGCUGUGGCGACGGCGGCAGCCCCGGUGUGCAGCGCUCCGGUCGCUCAGUGACGCUUCCCAGUUCGCCUUCCGGGCCCUCCGGGUCCGGCUCGCCUGCAUGGGCGCACUCGCCGGGCCCUCCAACCCCUGGCGGGGCCGGGGGCGGGGGCAGCCACGGCGAUGCCAACGCGAAUGGCAGCAGCGGGGGCGUCAGCGUUGCCCCUUCCCAAACCAGCAUUCUGGCAGUUGCUACACGCAGCGGCGGCGGCGGCUCAAGUGGCGGCGGCGGCGGCGUGUUGUCGAUGCGAACCGCCAGUGAGCCGCCGUCGUACAGCCCCUUCUCCUCCAUGGUCAUGUCGCCCGUCCUGCAGACGCAGUCCCGCAUAGUGCCCGCCUCAGCCAUGCCGCCCGCCCCUUCCACCUCCAUCCGACGUCAAGGCCUCUCCCGCAGGGUCAUUGAACCGCCUUCUCCAGCGGCGACAGCAUCCGCCUCAGCGACAGGGGCGCUGACUGCCACAGCACCCGGCGGAUCGCCUCGCAGCUCUGGCGCAGCAUUGGGGGGCUGGAGCAGCCGGCCCAUGAGCCGCCGGGGCAUGAGGCCGACCGGGGCAAGUGCUCGGCGGUCCUCCUGCACGGAACUGCCGGGCGGGCAGGAGGACCCCGUGCUGUCAGACCUCGCGAAUGCCAUGGGGGCGGCGCUCAAAAGUGAGGGCGGCAGGUCCACCGAUAGCAAUGACGGUCCUGCGGAUGGCAGCGGCAGUGGUGGUGUGUACGGUGCUGGUGGCGGGGUGUACGGCAGCAGCGGCCCCGGCAGGAGCGCAGCCGGGGCUGGGCUGCGAGGCAGCAGCGCGCGGGGGGUGUUUGGGGAGACGGCAGGAGGUGGUUCUGUACUUUACCGGGGUCUUUCGGGGGGCUCCCCAGGUGCGGAAGGGUUCGGGGUGGGAGGCGGGGGCGGCUUCCGGGGUGGUGCGGCUUUGCGUGGUCUGAGCAGCAACGCGUUACCUGUGCUGUGAUGCGACUGCUGAGAUUGAGGUGUGUGGAGGGGGAGAGUGUUCUGGGUUAGUAUGCAGGCGGCUUUCCCAAGUCAACUCGAAGGAAUGGCGUGUAUCUCGGGACUUGCCAUUGAAACUGAACAGAUGUCAUCACGGGCCACGUCUAGAUGAUGUGAGCCGAAUGGUCACACCGGUUAUGUAGUAUGCUUAAUAUGUCUAUUUAUGGAGUACUGUUGGGGCCUUCGAAUGCUGUUGUUGUGCGAGUACUGUACCACCCGCUUGUACCGGCAGAGUGGAUGCGAUUGAUGAUCGAUGCAGUCAGGGCUUGAUUGAUGUAUGGUUACAGCUCCCUUGGUAUGCAUGGUGGGAUGCAUUGGGACUAUUGAGGCGCCGGGCUGGGCAAAGCCGGUGCUGCCACACGCCCCGGGAAUGCGUGUUGCUCGUCAAGUCUCAGUGUUGGGCCCUUCAUGAGGCUUCUUGCAUGCUCAUUCACUCCUCGUAUCAAUCGCGCGGGGAACAUGUGGGUUAGCAAGUACCCUUCAUUCAUCCAUGCAACACCAGGAAACAAGAAAAAAAUAAACGAUGGAUGGCUGUUAAUACAGAUCUCAGACUGUGAUGCACAGCUGUGUAGGCUGUGCUCGUGUGUUGCGUCGCUGUAUGCAACGGUGCCGCUCCCCGGGGGCGGCGGGGCAGGUUGCUGCCUGCUUGCUGUUCCCUGUGGCGUGACACACGGCAGGAUGGGGUGGGACGUAAUUACAUUUACAUGAGAGGAUGUAGUCCGUCUGCGGGCUGCCUGCUUGGAUGGUUAUUAUGUUGGGUGUUUGUUUAUGUGUACCGCUCUGUGGCUUAAUGAGGAGGUGCCGCUGCAGUAAUGGAGUGCAUGCGCGCGCGGUACAAGUUACUGCGGUUAACUGUCUAGGCAGGAGUGGGUCCGCAGGGCUUGAGGCACAACGUACGUGUGCUAUAACCUCCACCGCAGCUUAGCGUUGGAAUGGUGGGACCGGACGGCGAGGUGGUGCCAUCCACGGUCACGGUCUUCGCCAUUCCCGGGGCACAGGUUUGGAGCUGAUUUUGCCUUCUGAGCACCUUUAGUUUCUUAGCACCAUAAGGCUUCGUCUGGUUACCAGUAAUGCCAACACGGCGUGUGUAUUCCGUGUUUGACGUUUGGUGGCAGCAAGGGCUGUGUUGCAGAUGUUGCGUGCUGUCUAGCAUGCAGCUGGAAGAGCACAAAGCACACACACGGAGCGCUGCAUACGUGCAUAGUGUGGCAUCUGGAGAGCAGGCGACCUAACAGGGCUGGUGUGACAUGGUUGAAGACAGGUUGAGAUGGGCCGCACUCUUCCCGCUGAUUGGUCCGUGGUAGGUAGUUUGCAUGGCCUCCUGGUGUACGGCAAGAACUCGGUGACCACGUGAGGUGAUGGGUGGGUAUGCGCUUCCGUUUCGCUGGUACGUUUACCGUUUAAGUCUUUCCCUUUGCGUCUUCUUUCGAUUCGACACCAUUGAGCUGGGCAUCGUCGUGCCGUUAUCCGUAUAAAUCCCCUAGUGGCCUCACAGCACGCUACACACACGCACUGCCACGCUUUGGUUGUAUACUUAUUGGGUCUCUACAGCCCGCCGCAUCCGGCAUUGACUUCAUGUGCUCCGGUUGGGCUCGUCUUUCUCUUUUACGGUAUGAAUACAACUUCUGGUGCGCAUAAACAUGUGGUGGAAGAAUGACGUUUCCCGCUCCAGGCCGGGCAGAAGAGCAGGAUGAGGAUGAAGCGGCUUGACCACGUCAGUCAUGACGUGUCCCCGCAUUUGUAAUGCAUGCUUGUAGCGCUAUGACAGACUGGCAAGGCGCCAACCGAAAGCCUAGGCGCCACUGUUUCUGCUGCCCUGCUUCCCAGGUUCGAGGAAUUUGUUGCUGCUCUGGGCUACGUUGCUUUAGGAUAUGUGCGGUAUAUGAAGGGUUCAGAAGAGACACAGGCGUGUUGCCCUCCCUUCCCAGCUCGCGCAGGAUGAGGAGGGCGGAAGCCAUCUUACAGGAACCAAACACACAUGGACAGACAGUUAAGCGGCGUUUGCAUCUGUCCCUAUGUAAAGAUACACUCCC